AUGAAGAGCUAUCUUGGUUUGACAGCUCACUACUUGAAAAGAGUCGAGAUGAGAACGGUUGAACUAGGCGCUUAUCAUACGGAAGAAAGGAAGACUAUUGAUAAUUUGAGGUCUAAAUUAAGAAAAAUUUGUAAUGAUUGGGGGCUCAAUGAUGACAAAAUUUCUACAUUUGUUUCUGACGGAAGGGCGAAUAUCAAGGGAGCGAUUAAAGUGAAUUAG